AUGACUUUUUGGAGAAAGAUCUCCCCUUCUGGUUCACCCCUCGGAAGACAACCGAUUCUAGUCCGAUCCCCGUCUCUUAAUAGUUUAGGACAGUUCCAGAGUGAUGUGAAUUCUGCCAAUCAAGUCCUUUACGGGGCUUAUGCCCCCACUACAAAGAACAUGGGUAACAUCGGUUCGUAUUUCCGGCCUAGUCCUGGCGGAGUCGUCAUUGCGCAACCUACACCGGUUCACCUGAAUGAUGUCAAUGUCUUCGGAGUUGCUGUUUUAGGAGAGAAAGGAAAAAUAACUGCCUCUGAAAGUAACCGAUGGGAAAUUCUUCAUUCGGGCUCUAGUGAGCUCCCAAAAGAAGACAACUGGCAAAAAUCUGUUGAUGCCAUGCCCGAAGUCUAUGAAAUGCGUAUGAAUUCUCCUGCUGGCUAUGGGAGGAAUAUUGUCACAUCCCCUCUAAAUAUUGUAGACAAUGGAAAUAUAUCCAUAGCAAAGAUAACGAGAGAGAAAAUGUUGAAACGACAGCAAGAAAUAAUGAAAGAAGCUGAAGAAAGAAGAAUGAACAGAGAAAAAGAUUUGGUGGAGCCAAAGAUGCAAGAAGAACAAACAGUCCAAAAUUCUGAAAGGAUACCAUCUUCUAUGGAUGAUCCUUUGCCUAUUUCAAUUGAAGAGCUUAAAGAUUCAUCAUGUACAACUGAAACUACUGUUAAUACACCUAAGCAGGAGAGUCCAAUUUUGCCACCCAAACCUGCAACGCCAUUAAUCAAACAAACACCAGUCAAAACAUCUCCAGUUACUCAUCAAGAAAAAAGAUUAGAAUCUGGCAGAACUAAAGGUUCUGCCAAACCUCUUUCUCGUUCCUCUUCAUUGAAAACUCCUAGUACAAUUCGAAAGUUUGCACAAAAUCAGUCACAUGGGAAAAAUUCACAUUCUUCUAAAUAUAAUUUAGCUGCCAGCUCUUUAGCACUGUUUGAUGAAUCAAGUAAUGAAGCUGCUUCCUACCCUAAUCCAAAUGAAGCUCUGAAGAAAGCAUUAAAGUCACUUUCAACGGAUACUUGGAUGGGAAAAAUUGAAGGUAUUCGCACAAUUCAGAGACUUUCCAAGAAUCAUCCAGAAGUCCUUCAAUCGCAUCUUCAUGCAGUUGUGUUAGCCUUAUUGACUGAAGUAAAAAAUCUUCGUUCAUCUGUCUCAAGAGCUGCUAUUUUAGCUGUCGGUGAUGUAUUCAUCUCCUUGAAAAGGAGUGUUGAACCUGAUCUUGAUCUGAUCACCAGUACUCUUUUAAGCAAAUGUGGGGAAACUGUGGGAUUCAUUAGAGAUGAUAUUGAAAAAGUAAUGAACCAGCUUAUAGAAACUAUCACACCUUCCAAAGCUGCUCUUUCUAUAAUUGCUGGAGGUGCUAGCCAUCGGAAUGGAGCAGUGCGCAAAGUUGCUGCUCAAUCACUUUUAUUGGUGGUAGAUAAAAUGGGUGCUUCACGAAUCCUCACUGCCAAAGAUGUCACCGAACGCUUAUUACCUACAACAGCCCAGUUUUUAAUGGACAACAUGCCUCUCACAAGGUACUAUGGUCGUAGAAUAUAUCAUUUACUUAUGCAGCAUCCUUCAUUUGAUAAAUUACUAUUGCGUUAUGUACAACCUAGUACUUUGCGCAAUAUUAACAGUAUUCUUGACUCCAUCAGGAAAAAGGGCCCUGGAGAAAUGCCCAAAGAAGGUGUAUCAGCAAAACCUAUGAAAACCGAUACAUAUCGUAAUGGGCUUCUAAGUAGGACUAUGUAAAAAUCAUACUAUCCAUUAUCAAAAAAAUGCCCAUUUCCAUCAAGUAACAACUCCAAAUUUGUGAAGAAAUAUUCAUCCUUAGACUGCUGUACUGAAAAUCAUUCCAAUUUGUAAGUUGUGACUGUACUCUCAUCACUUCAGGAACUUACUUAAUGUUCUGUAUAUGGUUAGUGAUUAUUGUAUAAAAAUUGACUGACAAAUUUAUAAUUCAUCACUUUCAUUUGUACCUCAUGUUUACUUCACAAGAUAGAAGAUUUAUAAUUCCUAUGCUGUUGUUUGGUAUUUAUAUGUUAUUUUAGCUAUUUAUGCAUCAUGUUUAUUAUUAGUUCUUGCUUGUAAAGAAUUUAGAAAUUUUUGUGAUAAUGCAUUCUCAAUGCAAGAGGACAAUAACUCAAAGAAUAGCAAAAAAAAAAAAAGCAGUAAUUCAAUUUAAGUUGUAUUUUGAAGUGUUUAUGGUUCUAAUGAAACAUUUGUAGUUUCAUUACUUUUCAAAGUUGAGGGAAUUCCACAUUGUAGGGUAAACGAGGGAUACAGCAGGUUGGGAGCAGUCGAUGGUAAUCUCCCCUGAAUCCUUGGUUUUGACAACUAUUUCCAAUCCUAAUACACUGCUCAAAGUUAGAACAAGCAAAAAAGAAAAGAAAAAGCAAAAAACCACUGCAAGCCAGACUUUCAGGGAAUUUAAAUGGAAAACACAUGUGUAGCUGAAUUCAAUACAACAAAAAAUAUAUGUAUGGGGACUUGAGUCCUGUGGAAUGGUAAAAAAAAUCAUGAAAUGACACUUCAGGACAAUGACGUGAUUACACGAAAUGAUAAAACACAUUGUUUGGAGAUGAUAUAGGAUGUCAUGCGGUUCCCCCAAACUGUUAAGACUGUUCCACACCUGUGCUGCGUGAAGGCGACAACGUAAACAGUAUGAUAUUGGGGAAUGGGGAAUGCUGCUUCACUUGUAAAGAACUGUGAUUUCCCAAAUCUUGAAGAGCAAAAAAGGCAGAAGUCUUGCAGCAAUACAUCGUUUCCCCUUGUCUUAACCAUGCUCAACCGAUUGAGAUUAGGAGAAGCAUACUGGCCACUUUAUAUGCUGUAUUGGUUGGACUUGGAGAAAGUUCUCCACGAGAAGAGCCGUAUGAGGUCUGGUAUUAAGUUGCCUUCACAGAAAGGAACCUCCAACUAUUGCAACGUUUGAGAUGACAUGAGGCUUUUGAAUCUCGUCUGAAUACCAUUGGGCCAUCAAACUGCCACUCUGGAUGAUAUGCAGGUCCGUACAUCCGUCUAAGCUGAUUAAGUCUCAUACCACCUCAUCUGUAAUAUGCUCUUUUUCAAACAUAGAUGGGGUUAUUUUGAGUGCCACUUUCUCCCUGUAGCAAAGCGAAUCUAGUGUCACUCCAUAAACAGAAUCAGGACUUGUCAGAGAGCAGUUGACUCCAAUCACUUUGAAUUUAAGCUUGAUGUUUAGUAGCCCACCUUCUUCAGUUGGCAUAGUGUCUUGCUGUUAACUGGAUACAGACCAUUGGCCAACAUGUGUACCUACCACUGUGAUGAAGCCUAUUGCGCAUUGUUUGGCAUGCAACUUCUUGUCCUUUUGCCAAAUGAAGCCGUUUUUGUAGUCCAGUAGUGUUGCCUGUUCUGUCUCAACAUCUUGUUAAGAGGAUUUAGUGAUCAUCAUUUGCCAUGAUAAUAAGUGAAAGAUUAGUCUUGUAAUGACAGUUCUUGUCUCUCACACAUCAUCCGCUACAGUUCUUGAUGUUUGCCUGGAUUCCAUUCUCCCGAUUAUGUACCAAGCCUUUCUGGUAAAUGUUUUAUCAUUUUCCAGCCACCUUUUCUCUAAACAAAAGCCAAAGAGUUGAAUUUCAUCACUUAGAUAGUGAAAAGAAAGAGGCUUUUGUGAAAUCACAUUUCCUACUGUUCCAUCCUUUCUGGCAACUGAAACGUUGAUUUGCAUAUGAAGUUUGAUUCGUAUGUUUUCUGCCAUGCUUUAAAACAUAGAAGCUUUAUUUGGCAUAAGUUUUCGGAAUAACAAUUUGAGCAAUUUUGUUAAAACCAUGUGCUCUCCUAAUUAUUUUGUCAGUGUAUAAUAAUUUAUAUUGCACAUGUAUUGUAAGACUUAUGACCCCCCCCCCUCAAAGGUAAAUUCUGGUUACUAAACCAGUGGCUUAAACUGUAAUGUAAUGAGGUUUUUCCAUAAUCACUCAGAAUUGUAGAUUGUUAUUUAACCUCAGAUAUAUGAGAUAAAAUGAAUUAAGAUUUUUAAGCAUUGAAAUUUCCUUUCUUCUCUUGGGUAACCAUAUAGUUUUAUUUGAUGAUGAUAAAUGGUCCUCCCUCUUGCAUUGAAGGUGCGAUAAAUGAGAGAACUAUUAAAAUACAUAUUUUGUUGAUUAUUAAAAGUAUAAUGUGAUUGUUAUAGAGAUAAUUUUUGUUGUGAACAAUCAUUCUUCCUUGUACAUACUGAUGAGUAGAGAUUUUUGUUAAGAAAUGAAACCACUUCAUGACUUUUACAUCAUUUUAUCACAUGUUUAAAAUAUUUGAUGUUUCAUUAUACUGGCAUAUGGUACUUGUUUCUGUUUGAAGAAAAUGGUUGCCAAAAUGCAAUGAAUUUUUAUUCUUAUCUAAAAUAAAAUACUUAUCUUCUUAAGGAAAUGAAAUAGAGUGUGGAAUACAUUCACUCUGUUUUAUAUAGGUUCAUUUAAAAAAAAAUAUUUCAUUUUGAAAGCAGACUAUGAAUAUUUUUUUCGUAAAAUUGAUUUUAAUUCCGUCCAGCAACGACUGACUCAGCUUGGAAAAUUAUUUUAUAUUCUAUGAAUUUAACAAACCGUCCAAGAAAAUAAAAAUUCAUAUAUUUUUAAUAUGUUUGUGAUGAGCAAAACCUGUUUUCAUGUCCUAGAAAUAACUGUUUUCAGUGCAAUAAAACACCAACUAAAAUAGCAGCAAUGUCAUUUACAUAACUUUUCACAUAAAAAUGAAACAAAAUUAAGAAAGUAGCAUUUUUGAAACUUAUGGUUUUAUUACAUUAGCAUCAUUUGUAAAAGAGUAAAUUGAAACUUGAUUUUAAAAUUUUUUGUCUAAAUAAUCUUUUAGUUACAGUGUUGUAUAGCACUGAGAAAGGGAAAUCUUUGGCCAACUUUAUCUAGUCAAAGUGUAACACCUAAACUGUUCCAUUUGAAACAGCUAUUUCUUUUGAGUGCAAUAUUUUUCUGUUUUGUUAACGCAUUGUGAGUUAUUUUAUGAAUGGUAAUCUAAAAAUUAUAGCAACUAC